AUGAAUCAAUCUCAAUUGUGUUCUAGAUACACUAGUCACUCAGGCCCACAAGCACGAUGCAAGCACCUCAGGAUGAUGUAUGCUCAUUGGGACUUGCAAAUUCCACAGCUCACCUGCACCUAUCUGCAAUGGAAACAUAGCAACAAACAUGAUGGCAUGGAAUCAUCAAUGGAGGAUGGACAUAUAUUUCAUGUGACUGCAGUAGGAACAUUCAGUAUGUUACAUAGCUAUGUUUGUGUUUCCAUACACCAGCAUCCUGAGGAGCCUGCCAAUGUGGCACUUUUAAAAUGCGGACUCCUGGGCUGCUCCCCGGUUGAACCAUCUGUGGCUAUUGAGGUCCACAUGCUCAAGCUUUACCACAGGUUACGGCACUGUCAUGCGCAGCUUAGUAUACAAGCCUUUACACGAGCAUUAUGCAAUAUUCAUAAAGUCAACUAUUGCACAUGUUUUCAAGAACAAUUCUCAAUAGCAUUUGAUGCAUAUCUCUCUAUUCUCCAGCACAUUCAAUUGAAAGUUGAUGAUGCUCUUGGAUGCAGUGAUGUGGACUGGUGGUUGAAGCACAUGUGUCCAUGCUGCACCUACAAGGUCAAUGGUGAAGAGAUCCUCAAGCCAAAGAUUCUGGUUGUUCAUGAUGGCAACAAUUCCUGCAAGCGAAUUGCUGCUGUGGCUCCAUCAGAUCACUGUAACUUCAACAGUUCAUAUUUCAUUUCUCAUCAAGAAGUUGACCGGUUCAAGGAUCAAGUUCAACACUGUCAAUGUGUCGACCAUGACAAGGAGCCUGAUGACAAGGUCUUUUUUGUCCACUCUGUUACUCAGGACGAGGAUGUUGAUGAGACACUGGCAUCCUGCCUAACAUGGAAGAGUAGUGCUCCUGAUCACAAGAAGACUGAUAUUUAUGAAACAACUGGGAUUUUUGCAUCUGCUUGCCAUUAUGGUUUCAUUAUCAAAGUUUGUGAAAUGGUCCAAAGUGGAGAGCUGUGA